AUGGAACGGUCUGUUGUUGCGCGGCGUGUUCACGGACCAGGUAAAGGGAGGAACGUGGAGAUUACGUUCGGUGAAGAGCGGCUUCAUGCGAGUGGCGUUUUUUCUAAUGUUUACUCGGCAAAACUGUACCGACCGGCUGAAAUGGAAAUUGCAAUUAAGAAGACCUGGCCAGUAAAGAAUGAAAAGUCAACGGUAAAUCCGGAAAUUUACUAUCUUUCACGGAUGAAGCAUCCAUCGAUCAACAACCUGCUCUACUAUUUCACGCUAACCUCCAAUAGCGAGGUGUGCCACUGCAUGGUUUUCGACUAUUUACCCAGCGAUAUGGCAAAGUUGCGAAAAGACAAAAUGGGACGGCGUCUUCCGCUUCUGGAUGCAAAACUGUACGCAUUCCAAAUGUUCUGUGCCAUCGAUUACGUGAAUGCAAUGGGAAUCGCACACCGGGAUGUGAAACCGUCUAAUAUGAUCGUGAACGAUGAGGCCGGCAUUCUCAAACUGGCCGAUUUUGGCAAUGCGAAACUGCUGAGAAGCACGGAAGAAAAUACACCAUAUCAGGUUACGCGCUAUUAUCGAGCGCCGGAGCUUAUCUUCGGUUCCACACGUUACACCACAGCAGUGGACAUUUGGGCCUGCGGUUGUGUGCUGUCUGAAUUUGUCACCGGGAAAGUGUUACUCCAAGGUCGUGACCGUGAAGAUCAGGCUCGGCUCGUCAUUGACAUAUUUGGCUACCCGACCACCGAACAGUGUCAGGCCAUGAAAGUGAAAAAGCCCCGCUAUGCGCGAAAACGUGCACGCGGUUUACGUGUGGCACUGGAGGGCUGUAAGGCGCCGGCCGAUUUGUUGAACUUGCUAAGCGCAAUUCUAGUGUAUGAGCCAAACAUGAGAUUAAAAGGUGCUGGGGUUAUUGGGCAUUCAUUUUUCAAUGAGCUACGUCAAGUUCCAGCGCCAGUACGUGAAAACGGACGAGUUAUACCACCACUUGAUUACACAGUUUAUCAGCAAAGUACUCAAAAAACCGAACCUGAUACAUCAGAUGAUAGUGAAGACGAAGACGAUUAA